AUGGAAGAAGGUCAGCCACGGUACAGCACCGAGAUUUCUGAUGAAUAUAGGUUUAAAUAUAAACAGAAGAUUCCUCGAACGCCUGGUCUUUUCUAUGGCGAUGAUAGGGAAGUGAUAUUUAAAACUAUGAAUGCUUUGACUUAUGGCGCAAUCACAGUUUUGGUUGGAGCAACCUACGGUGUAACAGCUGGUUUGGUGGCCAAGGUGAGAGGCAAAAGUGAUGGAUGGAACCACCUUUGUGCAGGCUUGGUUAGUGGACAGGUCCUGGGUAGCUUUUAUAAAAGUGUGUUGAUUGCUCGUUGGUUUUCAGCCACCUUUGCUACACUUGGAUUCUUUAUCAAGGAGUUUGCAGACAAUGAUAGGUUUAUCACUGACAUCGGUCCUGCUAAUUUGCCUUUCCUCAACUUUAGUGAGCUUAGUUUGUUCACCAAACGACCUCCCCGUGAAGGAGUUAAAGACAGUAGUUAG